UGCUGCACUUGUCAGUUGUGCGUGAAAUUAAAAUUAUUACUGAUAAAUUAUGUAAAACAGUGCAAUUAAUACGGAUUCCAUGUUAUAUAUCAGUUUUUAAUGGAAAUAUGAAUUAUAAUCAUUACAUGAUGUAUAAUAUUAUGUAAAGUUUCGAAUGCUUCGGUGUAUCCAAAUGUUGGAAUGGUCUUGUCGGGGUGGUUUCUCGGUGCUCCAGGAUUUUAAGUGCACCGUGCAGUGAUGGUAUAUUUUGGCGUUGACUUCGUUGAAAUUUAAAAUAUUCGAGCAAGGAAGGCAUGGAUGAAGGUCUGCUCAAUGACCUGUUGGAGUGUUCCGUUUGUCUGGAGCGCCUCGACACAUCCUCAAGAGUUCUACCAUGCCAGCAUACAUUUUGUCUCAAAUGCCUCAAGGUAAUAGUUGAGUCUCACAAGGAGCUACGAUGUCCGGAAUGCCGCGUGCUGGUGGAGGCCCGGGUGGAGGAGCUUCCUCCGAAUGUGCUGCUCAUGAGGAUCCUCGAGGGAAUGAAGAACUCAGCACCGCGCCGCGUUGUUGGCGCGCGGCUGAGGACUGCCCAGACCCAGCCUCAAGUGAGCCAGCAAGGCAGAUCUGACGGGAAACAGCUGCCUCCGCACGGCAGAGCCUUGUACGACUAUAUCUCCAAAGAGCCUGGUGACCUGUCAUUCAAGAAAGGCGAAGUUAUUCUGCUGCAGAAAAAAUUGGACGCGUUCUGGUAUCACGGCGAAUGUUCGACGCGGUCGGGAAUGUUUCCUAUCAACUAUGUCCAGGUGGUUGUACCUUUGCCGACCCCAACGGCGCUUUGCAAGGCGUUGUAUGACUUCCGAAUGUCCGCUCCGGAUGAGGAGGGAUGUUUAGCUUUUGAUAAAGGUGCGAUAAUAAAAGUGGAGCGACGCGUGGACGAGAACUGGGCGGAAGGGCGCGUGGAACAGCGGCUUGGCAUAUUCCCCAUCGCCUUCGUGGAGCUCAACCACGCAGCCAGGAUGCUGCUCAACAAUACACCAGUGAACCGUCAAGUCCCGCCGAUACCAGACCAGUCGCGUAACGCACAUUCUGACCACAGACAUUCACAGCAUCCACAGAGGUACCAGCAAUUGUCAAUAUCAACGCCGUCGUCAGCACAGGGCAACUACCAAAACAUGUCCGCUCUGAGUCAGUCCCAGCCAUCUCACACCAACCACCCGUCCAACGUGAACCAUCCGCCGCAAACGUUGGCGCCCAACCAGAACGUUAUCAGAAACUUAGUUGAACCUCAGACGAAGUACCUUAUGGACAUUAUACACUUCACGAACGCGCAUACAAUGGGAAUUCAAAGCGUUUCGCGACCGAACGAUAAUACGGACAGAAUCCGGGCGACGAAGCUCGACAGUUACUCUCAGAAAGAAUACGCGAACGUUCGCCACGACGUUACUAUAAAUUUCAACUCGAACAUAAGCUCGGAUUCGAGUUCUAGUAUGAACACGCCGUCUGUCGGUUCGACUACGACGCCGAAUACGAGCUCCAAUACAAGUACGUGCGAGAGCGCCGAGCCGAGUCUGCCGAGUUCGCCGGAUAACAAUACCGAUCGAAACACAACAGUAGUGGCAAAAGAGGAGAGUCAAGAUUUGAACGCGUCUAUGGGCGUUUUGAGCCUAAACGAAAGUUCGACAGCUACGAACACUUCAUUAAACGUCAGUCUGCCGUUAGAGUCACAAUUGAAUGUAUCAAACGCGAGCAGUUCGUCGCAGAAUGCUGCUGAAGCGAAUGAAAGUACAAACGAUAGUGGACCUACGAGUUUGCCGUGUACAUCGAAGGCGGUACGUUCGGGGCCGGAUUCUUUGUUGAAUUUUGGCUUGGGGCUACAAGCCGCCCUAUCUCCGGCGCACAGUAAGGACAGUUACGCGAUGGCGAGGCACAGAGAUCAUAGAGAGAAGCGCCAUAGUCUUACGCCGUCUACGCAUUUACAAGCGAAUCAUACUCAAAAUAGGCAUUCAGCCGAGAUUCUAGCUACCAGCCUGUUAGACCAUACACCCGAGCGAGACAGAGAUAGGCCAGAGAGGGAGAGAAGACGUCGCCGAUCUCGAAGCAACGAGCGCCCUCUGCCGGCUGCGUACGUCGCCCUGUACCCGUACAAGCCGCAGAAACCAGACGAGUUGGAGCUGAAGAAAGGAGGCGUGUACACGGUCCGCGAGCGAUGCCGCGACGGUUGGUACAAGGGCUGGUGUGAGCGACUGCAGCGCUCCGGUGUGUUCCCCGGGAACUACGUGGCGCCGCUCACGCCGCUGCCGACCGCCCGGAUCAAGCACGAUAAGAGUAUUCCGAGUCCAUCCGCAACCAACACGAAGGCGGCUCCAGUCGUCGUGGCGGCAGCUGGCUCUAGUGCCGGAGUGUGUGCGGCGCCCGAUGCCCCGCCAAGAGCUAACAGUCCUCUUGCCAACGCAGGUCAACCACUGUCAUAUCCAUGGCAUUUGCAGACACAAACUCAGCAAGCCGCUGCCAGAUCUGAUAAGAGUAAAGACAAGUCGAAGCCAGAUAAGUCGUCGAUAUCAACAGGCGUGAGUCUUAUGAAGCGCCUCGCCGCCAUGAAGAAGUGCAAAUCUCCUCCGCCCGUGAGCGCCGGCUACAGCAUGGAUAACCCCGUCUUCGAAGACAACACCACUGUUGCACAUUACCCAGUGCAUGUCCGGUCCGGAUCUUGCCCGUCACAAUUGCUGCGCACUCUGCCCGGACAAAGUGCCCCAAGCGGACUCACUUCCGGGCACGGGGGCUCCGCCAUGCAGAGACAUAAGGACCGAUCGCACGAUCACCGCAUGCACAGUAGGGGCAGCAGUGAAGCUGGCAGCCCCUGGCAGAGCCAACAUCGGAAAUCUCAAUCUCUCGACGUGACGGCUGCGAGACGCGACCGACAUCAUUCACAAACCGUCAAAGAGCGGUUUCGCUGCAUAGCACCGUACCCGCCCAAUUCCGAGUACGAAUUGGAGCUAAAAGUUGACGACAUAGUGAUCGUCUGCAAAAAACGCGGGGACGGUUGGUACAAGGGGACUCUUCAGCGGACGGGCAGGACAGGACUGUUCCCGGCUUCAUUUGUGCAGAGUUACCCGAACGAUUGACUAGAUAAAUGAUUUAGAACUACUUGAAAUUUGGUCAAAUUUUAGAACUUUUUAUAAUUAAUUACUAGGCCCCGCUCUGUACAGGUUUUCUGAUCAUGAAAAACUGUUCAGAGUGACCCCAUAUAAAGUAUAAUCCAUUAACAGCCGUUCCCAAUAUACUAUCGACAGAUACAGAUAAAACCUUUUACUGUCAGUAAUUAGAUGUCAAUAAUCUGAAGCUGUCCCAAUAUACCCGAUAAGUCGUUCUUAUCGCCUUAUAUUGGGACGAGUGAAUUGCAAUUUCCAUACAAACUUCUAUCGCUGGUAAGCUAUACGUCCUCCCAUUGACAGUCAGCGUGUACGGAUAAGAUGAGUUACCGUCAAUUAGUUUUUUUGGGGACAGAAAAGUCAAUGAUAGUUACGAUUUUUUAUCUCAAGUAGGCAACAAUCGGAGAUAGACUGAAUAUUGGGAACGGCCGUAAAUCUACAUAAAACUACCCAAAAAGGUUAGGAACGCUGCCUGGUACAUAUUUUAUAACGUUCUGUACAUAAAUACUCAAUAAAAUUAUUAAUUCGGUGAAUUUUCUUAUUGAAAAGUUGCGUAUAAGUUAUGGUUUGUUCAGGUUUUUUAAUAAUGACAUUCUGUACACUGCCCGAAAUAAAUUAAAUCCAUUCUUAUUAUACAUUUUAUUACAUUUCUUAUCAUUUAUACACUUUAUUCAAAUUUUACAGCGUGUAUAAAAAUGUGUUUUUGUGAACGCAAUAAUGUCGGUAAUAAUUAUUGUAAUGCGAUUUUGAGCUUUAGUAUCUCGACGUUUUUAAUACAGUGAGUCUUAUAGACUAAAAAAUAUGUCGUCAGUUCGUCAUAUGCUAAUCUAAUGAAUUUAUUUAAUUGCAACUUUUAUAAAAUGGCAACUUUUUUUUGGCAGCUAGUAAAGAAUUCGUUCGACGAUUUUCAAGACAAGUUGUAAGUUCAUUAGAUAUGAAUCUUUAAAUGUGUAUAAAAUAUAUGUUAGGGUGCAGUUAGUUCGUUAUUUAUCGAAUAAUUUUAGAACUUAACUAGAUUUAUUUGUAUAUUAUCUGUAUUUCGCAUGUUCAUCGUUCAUCCAACGUUAUUGUCACAGGUGGGCAAUCAAAUAGUAUUUUUUAAAUGUAUUUGCUUUAUCCGGGACCUUAAAGGACCUUUUUUUAUGAGAAGAAGUAAGAAUACGCGCUACAGAUAUCGCGCGAGUUGAAUGCAGAGUUCAGGAAUGCGAUAGUGAUGUGACCUUAUUAUAAUUGAUGACCAUAAUCAAUGAGUGUGUCGAUAAAUUUAAACAAUGCUAUAUUAAUUUUACCGUUUAAUCUAAUAAUUAAAUCUAUAUUUAUA